AUGUCUGGCAGAGGCAAGGGCGGGAAGGGGCUCGGCAAGGGAGGCGCCAAGCGCCACCGAAAGGUGCUGCGCGACAACAUCCAGGGCAUCACCAAGCCGGCCAUCCGCCGCCUGGCUCGGCGCGGCGGCGUGAAGCGCAUCUCGGGGCUCAUCUACGAGGAGACGCGCGGCGUGCUGAAGGUGUUCCUGGAGAACGUGAUCCGCGACGCCGUCACCUACACCGAGCACGCCAAGAGGAAGACGGUGACGGCCAUGGACGUGGUCUAUGCUCUCAAGCGCCAGGGACGCACCCUCUACGGCUUCGGCGGCUAGAUUUGAUUGCUGAGAUAGGUUACGCAUUCAGAACACAAAGGCUCUUUUCAGAGCCACCCAAGUU